GCGGCCCGGGCGUAAGAUGGCGGCGGCGCUGGCGGGGGGGAGGCGGCGGCGGAGGCGGAGGCGCGGGUGGCGCGGGCUCCUCCCGGGGCUGUCGCGAGGCGGCAACAACGGCAGCGGCGGGCAGCGGUUGUCCCCGGCCUCGCAGGGCGGAUAGAGCGCGGGCGGGGCGGGGCGGGGGGCCGGGGCCGGGCCGCCAUGGGCUCUCAGGUGCUUCAGAUCCUGCGCCAAGGCGUGUGGGCAGCGCUGAGCGGCGGGUGGUUCCAGGAUCCGCACCAGGGCGCCGGGGUGAACGCGCUCCACCUCUACCUGUGGCUCUUCUUGCUCGGCUUCCCCUUCACCCUCUACAUGGCUCUUCCUUCUUCCAUGGUGAUAGUAGCAAUCUACUGCCCAGUGAUAGCAGCUCUUUUCAUUGCUCUGAAGAUGGUAAACUAUCGUCUGCACAGAGCACUUGAUGAAGGUGAGAUUGUGGAGAGGAAUGCCAGUGAACACAUCGACAGGGGUGCAAAAACAGAAAUAGAUCAUUCUCCUGCUAGGAGAAAGGACAGCAAUGGACCUAGCGAUCCUGGUGGGGGGAUUGAGAUGUCAGAAUUUGUUCGAGAAGCCACUCCACCAGUUGGUUGCAGUUCAAGAAAUUCCUUUGCGGGCCUAGACCUGAACAACCAGAUUGGAUCUGGUUUAUCUCGUCGAGGAACAGCAGCUACCAUUAAAGGUGAUACAGACACUGCAAAGACGUCUGAUGAUAUCAGCCUGAGUCUGGGCCAGAGUUCUAGUCUUUGUAAAGAUGGAAGUGAAGAGCAGGAUUUGGCAGCUGAUCGGAAGACUUUCCACCUGGUUUCCAUCGAUUCCUUUGUGUCCAUUCAGCCAUCGUUGGCAUCUGCACAGGAAUUGCCACGGGACUGCAGUGACAAAGUGUGUCUCUCUAAUAACCACCACAUAGACCAGUCUUUGUCUAACGCGUGUGACACUGAAGUGGCUUCUCUUGUGCCCCUGCAUUCACACUCCUAUAGAAAAGACCACAGGCCACGAGGGGUGCCAAGGACUUCAAGUUCAGCUGUUGCUUUUCCAGAUGCUUCACUAAAUGAGUUUCCCAUCUAUCAGCAAAGACGAGGACUGGAUACAGUCAGUGAGUUGGAAGCUUCUAAGCCCCGAUUGGGAUCCAAAGAAUCUUUAGCUGAAAACUCCUGUAUUUCUGGUGUCUUUCAGCUGGAAGAUAUUCUAAAGUGUAGCAGCCCACAAUUGCUGGCCAAAAGCAGCAAGAGUAAAUCGUUACAAGCUGACAAAAGUGUGGAUAGUCUCAGAAGCUUGAGUACUCGAAGUAGCGGCUCAACAGAGAGCUAUUGUAGUGGGACUGAUCGUGAUACAAUCAGUACCGUCAGCAGUUACAAAAGCGAGCAGACAAGCUCCACGCACAUAGAGAGUGUAUUGUCUGAACAUGAAGAGUCACCCAAAGAAGAGAAGACAAGCAGCAAGAAAAAGAACUACUCUGUUGAUUCUGAUGAUUGUAGUUUUGCGACUGACAAAAGGACUAGCAGUGAAAGAACUGUAGAAAUGAAUGCUACCAGUUGCAUGCAGGUGGAAGGAGCAUUGAAUGCAUUACAGGAGAUGCACAAUCAGAGAUCCCUUAGCACUUCCAUUUCAGAAGAGGCAAACAAAAAUCCUCAUGCAAAUGAACUGUCAACACAGGCAGACCAGCUUCCUGGAAAACCUGUUGAGAAAAAAGACGAGCAGAAAGAGAAAUCUUCCCUAGUGGAUUCAAGGACUUCUAAGGAGACAGUUGGAAAGCAGAAGGAGGGGGAUGUACGUCCGAAAUCAUGUAGUUUAAUUCAUCGAACAGCUUCAGCUCACAAGGCCAGCAGAAGACGGACAGGGAAAAAACGAGCUAGUAGUUUUGACACCAGCCGACACAAGGAGUAUAUUUCCUUCCGAGGUGUAUCUGGUACCAAACCACACAGUGCAGUUUUUUGCCAUGAGGAGGACUCAAGUGAUCAAAGUGACUUGAGCAGGACUUCAAGUAUGCAGUCAGCCCACCAGUUCAGCAGUGAUAGCUCUUCCAGCACCACCUCCCAUUCUUGCCAGUCUCCUGAGGGAAAAUACAAUGCCCUAAAGACCAAAUAUAUUGCAAAAGAAAAGGGCACAGACUUGGAAAACUCUUACAAAAUGCACUUGAGCUGUGAGGCAAAUAGCAAAAAGCAUUCAACACGACGGACUUCCAACACAAAUAGUGCCAAGAGUCGUAUCAGGGUAUUAAGUCUGGACAGUAGUACUGUAGCUUGUUUGAAUGAUCCAAAUCUAAUGAUGCCAGAUACCAUAAAACAGCUAACAACUUCUAAAUCUGAUUUAGAGGCCAAAGAGGGAGAGGUGCUUGAUGAGCUAUCUCUGUUGGGAAGGGCUUCUCAUCUAGAAUCAGUCACUCGCUCUAGGAAUAGCUUACCAAGUCAGAGUAUGUUUGCUGAAGGGGAAGAGCAUGAACAGGGAAGUGUUGCAGCACAAGCCAGUGAGGAGGCGGUCACAGUUCGUCGUGAACGCAGCACAUUUAGGCGUCAGGCAGUACGCCGCCGUCACAAUGCAGGGAGUAACCCUACCCCUCCUUCAUUGCUCAUCGGCUCACCCCUCAGCCUUCAAGAUGUUCAGCAAGGGCAACAGUCCACAGCCCAAGUCAGAGUCCAGUCCCGCCCCCAUUCCCAGGCUGCUGUGCUCAGCGCUAGUGCCUCCUUGCUGGUGAGAAAUGGGAGUGUCCACUUAGAAGCAACACAUGACAAUGCAUCUGCUGUCGGCAGCAGCAGUUUGCACGAUGAACUUGGUAAGUUCAGUUCUACGCUGUACGAGACAGGGGGCUGCGAUAUGUCACUUGUGAAUUUUGAACCAGUUGGAAGAAGAACAUCUAAUAUCUGUGACACGGACUCUCAUGUAUCAAGUUCUACCUCAGUUCGUUUUUAUCCACAUGAUUUACUUUCCCUCCCCCAGAUCAGGCUGAACAGGCUGUUGACCAUAGAUACUGAUCUUCUGGAGCAUCAAGACAUUGACCUAAGCCCUGAUCUCCAGGACCAUCUACAGCCUCAGGAGGAAGCAGCCCAAAAAGUCAAACACUAUUAUCGCUUUUGGAUCCUGCCCAAGAUCUGGAUUGGCAUCAACUUUGAUAGGCUGACACUCUUGGCUUUGUUUGACAGGAAUCGUGAAAUCCUUGAAAAUGUGUUAGCUAUCAUUUUGGCAAUCCAAGUGGCUUUCUUGGGUUCUGUGCUCCUCAUUGAGGGUUUCUUCAAGGAUAUCUGGAUCUUCCAAUUUUGUCUAGUGAUUGCUAGCUGCCAGUAUUCCUUGCUUAAGAGUGUCCAACCAGAUUCUUCAUCACCUCGGCACGGUCAUAACCGAAUCAUAGCCUAUAGCAGGCCUGUUUACUUCUGCAUAUGCUGCAGUCUCAUUUGGCUGUUGGAUUAUGGCAGCAAGAGCACUUUUACUGCAAAAUUCCAACUUUAUGGAAUGGCUUUCAGUAAUCCAAUUAUAUUGCUUUCAGCAAGGGAUUUGAUUAUAGUGUUUACACUAUGUUUUCCUAUAGUCUUCUUCAUUGGUCUUCUGCCUCAAGUGAACACAUUUUUGAUGUACCUCUGUGAACAGUUAGAUAUUCAUGUCUUUGGUGGAAAUGCUACCACAAGCCUGCUUGCAGCCCUUUACAGUUUUAUCUGUAGUAUUGUGGCAGUAGCAUUGUUGUAUGGAUUGUGUUAUGGUGCCCUAAAGGAUUCUUGGGAUGGUCAGCAUAUUCCAGUGCUCUUUUCAGUAUUCUGCGGUAUGUUAGUGGCAGUAUCAUAUCAUCUCAGCAGACAAAGUAGUGAUCCUUCUGUUCUUUUCUCUCUAGUGCAAUCAAAACUUUUUCCUACAUCAGAAGAUAAAAAUCCAGAGGAUCCUUUAUCUGAAGUUAAAGAUCCAUUACCUGAAAAACUUAGAAAUUCAGUGAGUGAACGUUUACAAUCUGAUCUUGUUAUAUGCAUAGUCAUCGGAGUGCUUUACUUUGCAAUUCACGUUAGCACAGUAUUCACAGUCUUGCAGCCUAUCUUGAGCUAUGUUCUUUAUGCUCUGGUGGGAUCGGUAGGUUUUAUAACCCAUUAUGUUCUGCCUCAACUCCGGAAGCAGCUCCCUUGGCAUUGUUUUUCUCAUCCGUUGUUGAAAACCAAGGAAUACUAUCAAUUUGAGGUUCGCAAUGCAGCUCAUUUGAUGUGGUUUGAGAAACUUCAUAUUUGGCUUCUUUUUGUGGAGAAAAAUAUUAUCUACCCUUUAAUAGUCCUCAAUGAGCUCAGCAGUAGUGCAAAGGCUAUCGCUAGUCCAAAAAGACUGGAUACAGAACUUGGUGCUUUAAUGAUUACUAUAGCUGGCAUGAAGCUGUUGCGCUCCUCUUUCAGCAACCCAACCUACCAGUAUGUUACUGUCAUUUUCACAGUGCUUUUCUUUACAUUUGACUACAAACGUUUCUCGGAGACUAUGCUGCUAGACAUGUUCUUCAUGUCCAUACUCUUUAGCAAGCUUUGGGAGCUUUUUUACAAGUUGAGAUUUGUGUAUACUUACAUUGCCCCUUGGCAAAUCACCUGGGGAUCUGCUUUCCAUGCUUUUGCCCAGCCUUUUGCAGUGCCACAUUCUGCAAUGCUUUUUGUUCAAGCAGUUGUGUCUGCAUUUUUCUCUACCCCACUAAAUCCUUUUCUGGGAAGUGCAAUAUUCAUCACAUCUUAUGUCAGACCUGUCAAGUUCUGGGAGAGAGACUACAACACAAAGCGAGUGGACCACUCAAACACAAGACUGGCUUCCCAGCUUGAUAGGAAUCCAGGUUCAGAUGACAAUAACUUGAAUUCCAUCUUUUAUGAACAUCUAUCUCGGUCCCUUCAGCACAGCCUGUGUGGAGAUCUGCUCCUUGGGCGAUGGGGGAAUUACAGCACUGGAGACUGCUUUAUUCUUGCUUCUGACUACCUCAAUGCACUAGUACACAUUAUAGAGAUAGGCAACGGUUUGGUUACUUUCCAACUCCGAGGGCUUGAAUUUAGAGGAACCUAUUGUCAGCAACGAGAAGUAGAAGCCAUCACUGAGGGUGUAGAAGAAGACGAAGGGUUUUGUUGCUGUGAACCGGGUCAUAUCCCUCACAUGCUAUCUUUUAAUGCUGCCUUUGGCCAGCGUUGGCUAGCCUGGGAAGUUCUGGUCACAAAAUAUGUCUUGGAGGGCUACAGCAUCACCGACAACAGUGCUGCUUCCAUGCUUCAAGUAUUUGACUUGAGAAAAAUACUCACUACUUACUAUGUCAAGGGUAUCAUCUAUUAUGUAACAUCUUCUCCAAAGCUAGAUGAAUGGUUAUCAAAUGAAACAAUGCAGGAAGGGCUGCAGCAGUGUGCAGACCAAAAUUAUGUUGAUGUGGACCCUACAUUUAAUCCCAAUAUUGAUGAGGAUUAUGACCACCGGCUGGCGGGAAUCUCCAGAGAGAGUUUUUGUGUCAUUUACCUCAAUUGGAUAGAAUAUUGCUGCUCUCGGAGAGAAAAGCCUCUGAAUGCAGAUAAAGAUUCUUCUCUAGUCACUCUUUGCUAUGGACUCUGUGUUCUUGGUCGGAGAGCUCUAGGAACUGCUUCACAUCAUAUGUCUAGUAAUCUGGAAUCCUUCUUGUAUGGACUUCAUGCAUUGUUUAAAGGAGACUUUCGUAUUUCAUCAAUUCGAGAUGAAUGGAUAUUUGCAGACAUGGAGCUGUUGAGAAAGGUUGUUGUCCCAGGAAUACGCAUGUCAUUAAAACUGCAUCAGGACCAUUUCACUUCUCCAGAUGAAUAUGAUGACCCUGCCAUUCUCUAUGAAGCAAUCACAUCCCAUGAACAAAAUCUGGUUAUAGCUCAUGAGGGGGACCCUGCUUGGAGAAGUGCUGUUCUUUCCAAUUCUCCCUCACUGCUUGCCCUUCGCCAUGUGAUGGAUGAUGGCACCAAUGAAUACAAAAUUAUCAUGCUGAACAGGCGCUAUCUAAUUUUUCGAGUUAUUAAAGUGAAUAAAGAGUGUGUGCGUGGCCUUUGGGCUGGGCAGCAGCAGGAACUGGUCUUCUUGCGAAAUCGCAACCCAGAAAGAGGGAGCAUCCAAAAUGCCAAGCAGGCAUUGAGGAACAUGAUAAACUCAUCUUGUGAUCAGCCAAUUGGAUAUCCAAUCUAUGUUUCACCCCUGACUACAUCUUACUCAGACAGUCAUGAGCAGCUCAAACAGAUUCUUGGAGGUGCUAUUAGUUUUGGAAACAUUAAGAACUUCAUAGUAUCUACGUGGCAUAGGUUAAGAAAAGGUUGUGGUGCUGGCUGCAACAGUGGAGGAAACAUUGAAGACUCGGAUGCUGGAGGUGGAGCUUCUUGUACAAGUAACAGUGCAACUGCCCAUGACUCUCAGAGCAAUGUAUCUCAAGGAGGAGGAGGGAAUAUAACAGUUGGACCAGCACCUGGAACAGGAUUGCAUCCUCCUGUCACAUCUCACCCUGCUACUCUGGGCACCAGCCAUAGUGCUCACUCUGUACAGUCCAGCCUUGUCAGACAUUCCCCUGCCCGUGCCUCUGUUGCCAGCCAGUCAUCUUAUUGCUACAGCAGUCGUCAUUCAUCACUCCGCACCUCUGCCACUGGCUUUGUGCCUUGCCGGCGCUCCUCCACCAGCCAGCUCUCCCUUCGUAACCUCCCAUCAUCCAUCCAGUCGCGUCUGUCCAUGGUGAACCAAAUGGAACCUGCUAGCCAGACGGGGGCUGUCAGCGUGCAGCAUGGCUUGCCUUCUUCAAGCAGCUCCAGCCAAAGCAUCCCAGCCUGCAAACAGCAUGCCCUGGUUGGCUUUCUAGGGACAGAUGGAAUGAAUAAUGUUACAGAUAUGCAAGCAGGCACAAAUGUGAGCCCUGUAAGCCAGCCACAAACCAAAAGGGAUGAUGUUGUUUACAGAAUCCAGAUAACUGAUACUAGCCAAGUACUGGAAGGGAUCAACUUGUCUAAAAGAAAAGAACUGCAGUGGCCAGAUGAAACAAUAAGGUUAAAAGCUGGAAGAAACAGCUGGAAAGACUGGAGUCCUCAGGAAGGCAUGGAAGGCCAUGUGAUUCACCGAUGGGUGCCUUGCAGCAGAGAUCCAGGGAGUAGAUCUCACAUAGACAAAACCAUACUGCUGGUCCAGAUUGAAGACAAAUACGUUGCUGUGAUUGAAACUGGAGUUCUGGAACUAGGGGCUGAAGUAUGACCUACUUUUCAUAGUUAACUUCUUGUCCGUUUCCAAAAAGUUUAAAAAUGAGGUGCAAAUUUCAAGAGGAUGCUUCUGAUGCCUCAAGUAAUAGGAAAAGACUUGAAAAACAACUGAGUGGGUGUGUCAGCCUCUGGCCGAAAUAAACACAAAGGCCUUUUUUUGGUAUUUUUCAGAUUAGCUGCUGAGGAAAAACAUUGUGCAUGAAGGGUAAAAACAACAUAUCUUUGUUUUAUACUUUAUUUUAUGCAUUGCAAUGCUUUGAAAGAAUACAAAAUUUUCCAGUUUUAAAAAAGGAACAUCUCGUUUUUAAAAAAAAAAUGUUUUGCCAAAAAUGGCCAUAUGUUGUCACAGUAAUAUAGAAUCUGUUUGUUCUUUCUUUUUUAAAAUAACUGAAUAGGAUACACAUUUUGAGUUCAGUGUGAAGCAGAAUUGAGGAUUUGUUCAUGGCAAGUGCGACCAGACUUAAAUUCUUAUUCCUUGUGAGUUAUAAAAAAAAAUCAAUCAAAAACUGCACUAUUUUUUUUAUGGCAAUGCACUAAAAAAAAUCUGAGAUUGCUCAGAACAUUUAUUUAUAUAUAUUAUAUGUAUAUAAAUAUAUAGAAAGAAGAAAAUACCGUUAUUUAAAUUGCCUUUGGGAUUAACCCUCUCCCUACUCCAUAUUCAUAUUGAUGAUAGGAAAUGUGCCAUUGAUUCUUUUUGUUAUUGUUGUUGUUUAAUACAUUAGAUUGCACAUCUGUGUGUUCCUACUAUCCUAUUCACAAUAUAUGAUGGAGUAUAAAUAUAAAAUAAAUAUCAGAAAUUUCUGUUUUUCAUAAAACAAAUUGAUGAUGCAGAUGUGCAACAAUUUCACAGUUUUAUUGUUGGCCCAAUCACAGUUGUGCUUUUUCUUUUUCCCUCUUCAUCUGGUUUCCAAUGGUCACCAGUAAAAAUACACUACUAGCAUCCUUUGGAAGAAGCUUGCUUUCUGCAAGGAAAACUGGAUGGGCCCCGAGUUGUUCUGUUGUGUUUUUUAAAAAUGGUAUUGUGGCUUUCUUUGUGUUGGGACUUCUUAGUAUAUGUAAUCAGGUGAAACAACUUUUUUCAGUUAAGGAAAAAUAGAAACUGCACCACCUGAUCAUCAUACCAUUUCGCCUUUUAGCUCCCUUUAGUCAUUAUUAUUCUUUUUGUGACUUAAAUUUUAUUUUCAGCUAUUAUAUAUUCUAUAAUAACUGUAGUUUUGAGUAUAACUGUGAAAUUGAUUUUUGUUGCAUAUCUUAGGUUUUACUGUGUUUGAGGGUUUUUUUUAGUGUGUUUUCUGGGAAACAAGUUACUUACACAGCAUUGGGACAGGGAGCGGAAGCUGCAAUAUAUUCCAUGACCUCUUGCUUUGAUGAUUUGCUUGCAGCCGUCGUGAAAAGGUGUAUAUGGAGUGAUGUUUUCCUUUAUGUGAUCUGGAACACAAUCAACAAUUAUAGCUUUUAGAAGCAGCCAUCUUCUCUUUAAUAUUCUCAGUAUCAAGUGAUUCAUGGGUGAUCAUGGAAGGGAGACAUUGGCAUGAAAUAAAAAAAAUUGUGUACCUAGGAAAAGAGCUGAAAUUUGAUCUUAUCCAAAGGCAUUUGAAAGCAAUGGCCUAACACCAAUGGUUCAGUGCUAUGAUAAAAAGAUUUAGGACUUUGCAAAGUAGCAAUAAAGUGAGCAUUGUUUUAUUUUCCAAAUACGCUGAGUUAGAUUGUGGCUGCGACCUGUGUACAUCACUUGAUCACAUGAGUGGCAAGAUACUUUUAAUUUAGCACCUGACUCUAUUUCGUCAUUUUACAGUGAAACCAACUUCUGCAUUUUAAUGGGUCAUUCCUGGUUCCCUUCCCAAUUGACAACUAUAUAUUUGCUCUUUUAUGACUCACAUCUUGAGUUUCCCUAGAAAGUGCAUAAGGAAAAGGCUAACCAUCUUUUAAGAAUAUAUUGGGUGAUUUCUUAGGCAAUUAAAUCCAUCAAUAAACCUUUCUUUUAAAGUGUCACCUUGAAAGAAGCAAGAAAUUCAGUGUAAUAUGGCCCAUGUUAUGUUUCUUUGCAAACAAGGUCUUUCUCUUUUCUGAAUAUUUGCUUUCACUUGGGACUAAAAUGUAGAAUUUAAAAUGAGUUUCUAACUUCAAGACUUCAGGUUCUGGUGUUUGGUAUUUAAAUUUGUUGAUAAUUUAAUUUGGUUCUUUGUAAACAUCGAUUUUUGGUUACACUAGUUUUACAUAUAAAACUCAUCUAGUUUGCAGUGAAUGUUUUACAUGGAGAUAUGUAAUUCAUAUGGCAAAAGCCUUUGAAUGAUUCUUUAGAGCAAAAGGCAGGCAGUAGAAUUCUGUGAAACCAAAUAACCCAUCAGUGUGGGUCCUCUUCUUCAAUCCCUCAUCCUCAGGUUUCUUAACUUGACUCUUUCCCAUUAAUUUGGGAAUCGAGCUCUGGGAUGCUUAGUUUUUAUAUGACCACCUAUGAAUGCAUAGAUAAUUUAUAUGCGAAACCCAUCUGCUUUUCGCUUUAUUCAGCCUAUUAGGUCAGCCUGAAAACCAAAUGAUACAAUGGCUAUACAGCUUUCAUCACAUCUCCAACAAGAUGUGCAAUCUGUUUUCGAAUUCUUACAACUUUCAGAACUCUGCCAUUCAGUUCUCAAUGUUGUAUGCACAUGGUAAUCCAGUAGUAUAGAUAAAUGUCUCUUUUCUUAGAUUAGCUUCUGCUAAUAUAUAUCUAGGAACACACUAUGAAAAUUUGCCUUUGUGCAGUUGAUGUUUUUAAUUCUAUACUUUAUGACCUGACUGCAAAACUAAGGGUUGAACAUUAAAUGCAGAAGCUUUCAUAAUUGCCCAGUGGAAUAUCCUGGAGGAAGUUAUCAGAAACUUUCCUUUUGAACCUCUUUUUGAAAUGCUUUGAUUUUCUUACAGAACCAACUGUUCUACACACACCAAAUAUCCGAGUAGUGAAUUGUAACCUUCUGUAUCAACUCAGAAAUGGAAAAGUGUCCUCAGUAGAUGACGAGAAGAACUUUUUUAAAAAAGCAAUGUCCAUUAUAAAAGCACUUGGCAUGUCUCUGCUUUCAAUUCUGUCAUGGCUUUACCUCCCAGUCUUGCUUCUGAGGAGCUAAUAGUCACAAAAAUAUAUGAUAAUGCUGACUAGAUGGAAUAAUAUGAUAGAAGCCAUUGAACAAUGCUUUAGGGCAAAAUAUUACCAAAGCAGGCAGUGGAAUCCCUAAUAGUGAGACUAGAUAAUAACCCAUCACUGUGGGCCCUCCACUUCAAGCCCUUGAAGAAAGCCAAUAUCGCAAUUAAAUGAAGAAGUAUACAUAGAAGAAACCUUCAAAGCAUAUAGAGAUACUUCAUAUAAAGUAUGGGGAUAAGCCACCAUGGUAUUAUAUACCUAAUUUUAUUAAGGGAUUUUUUUACCUAUUAUAUAGGUUUCUACUUGUCUGGCCUUACUUGGUGUCUAAUACCCUUUGCUCUGUGAUGAUAGACAGCAUAAGAAAUUAUAGCAGUUUUUAAUAUGUGCCUUAGUAAAAUGAUGGUGGGUACAUAACACCUUGGUGGGAGCUACAGCCCUUGAAUAGUUUUCACCCAUUUUUAAAGGCUGUUUUUAAGAUGGCUGCUCCAAAAGGCUUCAGAAGUGUAACACACCAAUCAUAGGCAAGCACUUUUUAAAAAUACAUGCCAUUUAGACAUUUCUACUGUGUGUACACACAACCCAGUGAAGUUGCUCUGCAGAUGGAAAUCAUAUACCUUGAAAGUUAAACUUAUUAGCAUCCUUAUCAAACGUAGCCUGACAAUGAAUUGCUAAUGAAUACAUAGAUUGUGGUGGGUGAAAAUGUUGGAACUUGGAAAUAUAUAUUUUGCAUCAACCAGCGUAUAGAAAUCUUGCCAGGGAUAGGAUAUGUGUAUUUUGUGUGUGUGUGUGUGCGCGUGCGUGUGUGCGAAUGUGUCUGCGAGUGUGUUGUUGGAAAGAACCUGUAAAUAUUGUAGUUGUUUAAAACUGGGAAACCCUAAGGGGAUUUGUUUGCAACAUGUUACAUUGACAUGGACAGUAUUGACAGUGACAAAAUAAUGAAAUAAAAAAAAUCUUUUUCA